AUGCCAAAUAUUAAACCAAUCAGUAGAAAAAUGGUUAAAGCGAAAUGCCCAUGUUAUAGCAAACAAUCAACUCCAAGACUAAAUUCUGAACCAAAGAAUCCAUUUAAACUUUUGAGAUCAUCGAAAGAAAAACAACAAAAAGAAAAAGAGAGUCAAGAAAAUCCGAUAGCGGAAGCCCAAGAUUUUAAUGUUCUAAACAAAGAAAAUACUUUCGAAGAAAUAAAAGAUGAAAUAGAAGAUGUUAGAUCUCAAUUCAAGAUAUCAAUUCCUUUUGCAUUUGCAGUGUUCAACACGAUGCAAGUUACAUAUGAAACUCCAAAAUUAUACUCACAAACUUUUAAUAUUUUGAAAUCCAAUGAAAAUUCGUUACCAUAUGAAGAGGGAUAUAGCAUAAAAGGAGAAAAAGAAGUUAUUAAUGCAAUAGAGAGAAAUCAAAGAUUGAGUGAAGAAGGGUUCAAAUAUUUGAGUCAUAUAAAGAAAAAUUAUAAAGAUUUGAAAUUUCCUAAGAAGGUAGAACGCCAAUUUGAUAGAAUCAUUAUUAAUCUAGAAAAUAAUUAA